AGCGGUGUAGAAAUAAUCAAAGGUGAAGGAAAAUUUGUUUCAAAAAGUAUACUUGAAGUUAAUGAUAAUAAAUAUUCUGCAGAACAUAUUGUAAUUGCCACUGGUGGUUAUCCUCUUCUACCAAACCUUCCAGGUGCGGAACUAGGUAUCACAAGUGAUGGUUUUUUUCAGUUGGAAAGGAUUCCAAGGUCUAUUAUGAUUGUUGGUGCUGGUUAUAUUGCAGUUGAGCUUUGUGGCAUAUUGAAAGCGUUUGGUUCUGAUGUUUAUCUUGCAAUUAGAGGUGAACAGGUACUUCGCACAUUUGACAGUAUGAUCAGUCAAGUUGUAACAGAAGAAAUAGAGAAAUCUGGAGUUCAUGUCAUAAAAAAUUCUCUAGUAAAUUCUGUCCAAAGGAUAAGUGAUAAAUUUAGAGUUGUAUUAUCUAAUAACAGGCAAGUAGAUGAAAAUGUUCUCUGGGCUAUAGGACGUGUACCUAAAACAGAUUUUGGCAUCGAAAAGUCUGAUAUCAGCCUUGAUACAGCAGGAUAUAUCAAAGUUGAUGAUUACCAAAAAACAACGCAGAAUAGAAUUUAUGCUCUUGGAGAUGUGUGUGGGAAGUGGCUACUAACUCCUGUGGCUAUAGCAGCUGGGCGAAGGUUAGCUGUCCGUUUAUUUGGAAAUGAUCCUAACUCCAUUUUGGAAUACUCAAAUAUUCCAUCAGUAGUAUUUAGUCAUCCACCUGCUGCUACAGUUGGACUAACCGAAGAAGUUGCUGUCAAAAUGUAUGGAAAAGAAAAUAUCAAAGUGAAUAAAAGUACAUUCACACCUUUGUAUUAUGCAAUAACUGAAGAUAAAGUGAAAUGCCAUAUGAAAAUUAUAUGUUUGGGGGUAGAAGAAAAGGUAAUUGGACUUCAUAUGGUUGGUCCAAGCUGUGAUGAAAUUCUACAGGGCUUUGCAGUAGCCAUUAAAAUGGGUGCAACAAAGAAACAAUUUGAUGAUUGUGUAGCUAUUCAUCCUACAUCAGCUGAAGAGUUAGUUACUAUGCGCUAAUGUGAGAUAUGCAUUUGUUUAAUUUAACAGAUAAAAGACCGAUAUUUGUGUACAAGAAAUUGUUCAUCAUGCAAUCAUAUAUAUUUAUUUUUUAAUGAAAUGUAAAAGUACUGAAUAAAAGAAAGAUUUUACCAAUU